UGCUGCCCCUUGACACCGAAGCAGAUCGAGGUGUACAAACGCAUUCUCAAUACGGAGGCCGUGCAGAACAUGAUACGGAAGGAUGAGCUUUGUGACUGCGGCUCUCGUAAGAAAUGCCGCAAGUACCAUUGUCCGUUCGAUAAGGGAGACCUAUUGAGAUACCUUACCGUGCUCAUACGGGUAUCCAACCAUUUCGCACUCGUAUUGCCCUACUGUACGGAAUCGUGAACUUGCUAAGAUGGCCUUCCCAGAAGGGUCGAUACCGAAGCAUGGGCCUGCGAUUAUGGUCCCGAAUUUGUG